AUGAAUUAAACUUUGCAAUAUGUAGAAAGUUCCUAAAGUGACAUGUAUAAUGAAUCAGAAUUUGAUGAGCAUUAAAGGGGGAUAAACCUAGCGUUUUUGAAUUAGAAGACAUUGGAAGAUAAAAUUCAAUUUUCAAAUUUAAACAUCAAUUAGCCUCUUGACUUGAAAGCACCAGCUGAAACAGUAAGCAAAUAGAAAAAUAUUAUAGAUACAAGAAUAUUUAUUUACAGAUGAAAAAUUGGAAGUCCAAGGGAAAGGAUUAAACAAUACUCAUAUAUCGUUUAAUAAAUAUUUGAACCUCAAACUACUUGAUUUAACAAGAUGUAAAUUAAAUUAAAUUCCAGAAGAUAUCAAGUAAUACUAUUAUACUACUAGAAGAUCAAUGGUGAAUCUCUAAAAAUUGUAUAUGGGCUCAAACUUUUUAACUUUUGUUCCAAACUUUUUAGAGUCUCUAAAGUUCUUGGAAAUAUUGGAUUUGUCGUUCAAUUAAUUACACAGUCUAAAUAUACACAUUAAGAGUUUGAAGUAACUGAAUUUAUCAAGCAAUAAUUUCGAAUAACCAUAUCCCCAUUCAAUUGAAGUCUUAUGUAUCUAAAUGAACCCAAUCUCUUAACUCCCAAAGAAUUUUGAUAGGGCCAUAAAAAAUAUGAGUCAAUUAGAAUUCGACUGGUUCAAAUACUGCAAACCUCCCUUGCCUUUGAAAUUGAACUUCGUUAAAUAUCCUUCGAUCCAGUAAAAGUUAAUGAAUGCAUUGAAACAUAAUAAAUUAAAUUUUUUGGACUUUGUGAAAUUAUUAAGUGUUAAUGAAUAAAACUUUUCUGGAACUGAUUAUAAGGAGAGAAAUCUGUUUUGUUAAGCAGGAUUAAAUGAUGAUAUUGGAGCUUUGUAUGGAUUAUAUUAAAUAAUUCCUUAAGAUAUCAACAAAACAGAUUUCGAUAACAACACUCCUCUAACAGUGUGUUAUUUAGAUGGGAAAUUAAGGUUAAGUAUUUAUAAUAAAAAAGAUCAGUAAGCAUCCUCAAAUCAUUUGGAGCAACUUUCUCAAUAAAUGCCAUUCAUCAAAUAAGCUAACGAGCUGAUAUCCAAAAUUUGAGAUUCAUUCUGGCAUCUCAUAAUAAUCAAGUUUGCAAAUUAUAUAAUUCUAUUAGGAAGCUUUGUUGAUGCAUAGAAAUAUGGAUGGGAAUACUCCAUUACAUUAAUUAAUGAUGAACUUUGACAAACACGAAAAUAGUAGUGAGUUUGCUAAUACUAUUCUUCAAUAUGGGGCUGAACCUAAUGUAGAGAAUUAUGAAGGGAGCACUCCUCUGGAUGUUGCUAUAAAGAAAUAGUAAAUCAGAGCCAUUCAAUUUGGAUAUUAAUACAAUCAAAUUAAAAGACACAAUAUUAAGAAAGGUUAAUUGUUUGAUUUCAAUCAUCACUCUAGUAAUAAUGGUUAAAGUUUAUGUCAUACAGCAAUGAGCAUCGGAAAUUUAGAAAUAAUUGAAUUCCUAUUAGCUAUAAAUUCUGAUUUCUUUGCCAUCAACAAAUUUAAUAAACUACCUAGAUAUUUUGGAACAUAAAGCUUAGUGUUUAUUAAAAAUACAAGAAAGGUUGAAAAGAGAUACAUUUAUACAAAUAUUUUAAGAGAGAAAUCCUUAUUAGAAUAGCAAGAAAAGUAAUUAUCAUAUAGAUAUUAGAAAUGUUUAUCAAAUGAAAAAUCAGAUUGAAAAAAAUAUGGUAUAGAGGCAUCAGAACAUGGUAUAAAAGCAUUUAGAUUAAGAAGAAAUUGAAGAUAUUGAAGAUUUUGAUGAAAUGGAAAGUUAUAAUGAAAAUAGUCUUUAGGUUGGUAGUGAAUGCUCUGUUAGAGAGACUGUUGCUGAAUCAGCUCCUAUAUUUUAAAAAUCAAGCUGCCUUAAUGAACAGAGCUAAACCAUUAAGAGAAAUGUGGAUUUCAUUAAUGAGUUCGAUUUAUAAGAUGAAUUACCAGAAAUUUUAAAAUUUUUAAGAAGUGGCAAUCUGGAAAUAACAAUGUAGAAGCUAAAAAACGUUUUAUAAUAUGAAUCCUUACCAGCAUCUGAAAGAAUUAAAUAUAAAAAUUAAGUGAACUUUUUGAGAUUUAAAUUUAAAUAAAAAAGGGCUGAGUUAAAAACUUAGAUUGCUAACGAUGUACUUCUAGUUUUGAAUGAAUAUUAAUUGUUAAAUUUUAGAAGUGAAUUGAGACGUAUUACAAAACUAAUAUAUUUUAGAUAAAUAUUUAAAAGAAUUUCAAUAAUUUCUAUUAGAUCAAAGUAAACUUGAAAUAAGUAAGGCCUUACAAAUUAUUUCAAGAUAAAAGAUGAUAUGCUCCUCAUUUAAUCUUAAUAGAGAUUUAAAAAUAAACAAUUUGUCAUAAAUUAAUGAUUUAAGGUUGCGACUUAGUAGCAAUUUAAUAUAUGAUUUAAAUAACUAUGCUUCACCGUUAUUUUAAUUGCAAAAUCAACUGUUUAAUUGGUUGUAUUAAUGUAAUUCAAAAAUAGAAAAGAUACUAGAAUAAACUAACUUUUUCAAUUUAUAAAAUUAUGAAUAUCUGUAAUUAAUGAAAUUUAAGAGACGAAAGAUAUUUUCAGAUAUGAUUGAUGAUCUUAGUAUAGAAAGAGACAUGCUUGAAAAUCAUUCGUUGCCUCAGAACUAAAUAAUGAGUAAUAAUAAUCUAUUUUGUAACAGUAAAAGAUUUAUUUGA